UCAUGUUGAAUGGAUAAAAAAAAUAGGAGAGAGCGAGCGAGAGUACUGGGGGCAUUUUAACUGAAGGGGGUUGCUGGCACCCGCUCAGAAUUUGACGUUAAAAAAAGUGCCAUAAACAUUUCGAGAUGAUAAAUAAUACGAGUGAAAAUAAACUGACGAGUUUAUUCAGCGGCAUUGUCUUCCCAGUGCUAUUUUACUUCGAGGCGAAUGUGAUAAUGUGGCGUCAUUAGAGUUUUUGAACCGGUCCUCGUCCAACCGUUGGGGUGAAAGCUGACGUAAACAAUGACAGGCGAAAAUGAAAAAGGGCGGAAGGAUCGUGAUGAGGAGUUUUGGGCUCAGAUGGGUGGAUUUUAACCCGUCGGCAUCGGUCGUAAUGCGAGAAAUAGCAUUUCUGCGUCAUCUAGACUAGGAGGAUGUGCACUGGGUUUUUUUAUCCUUUCGGUUAUUUUAAAAUGAAAAGGCAACCCCUUCACUGUGUCACAGCACGGAUGAGUGAUUGUUAAACCAUGGAGUAACCCGCAGAAAAGGGGUUGCAUCAACUGGUAUUGGAAUAAAAAAUUAGACAGGGUGAGAUGAGAGUUUGAAAAUUAAUCCUUGUAAUCGUUGUGUAAUCCUUUAAAACCCCGUGACGAAGGUUCGGUUGGGGAUGGACGAUGAAAUUCUUCAUGGUGGUCGGUUGGAGAUAACAAUUGUUUUGGGGGCGAAGGGGUAUUACGGGUAUUUUAUGUUUUAUUGUUGGGAUUAGGGAUUGUUUUUAGGGACUGGUGGGAGGUGGAGAUGAGGGAAUAGGUCAUUUUUCAUUAUUUUAAUUUUAAUGUUGAAGAAAAAUUGAUAUUCCUGAUUUUUGAGGGGCUGCUGAAAAUUCUGCGGUUUUUUUUAUUAAGCAUUUUUAAACCUUGGAGGUUUAAUUUGCGUACAAUUAAUAAAAUACAAAAUUUUGACACUUAGAACUUAGGUUACAUUGGUUUUAAAUUUUUAUCGAACAUUUAUCCAAGAAUUCACUAAUGAUGACAAUGGAUUUUUUGUCUAGUCUAGCCAAAAACUCUCCAGCGCAGUAUGGUGGAAAAAAAUUGAACAUGUCUGGUGGGAAUGUCCAUUGUACAAUAAUGCUAGAGAAAUAAUGGGAAAAUUCUGCGGUUGAAGUGAAUUUUCAAUAGUUUUAGGAAUCGAUCACCUAUUCUAUUUGAUUACAUAAUUAAUGGUACAUCCCUAGCUAGAGCUAUCUUAUGUGUGGACCUAGGUAUUGGGAACUGGUGGACGGGCGGAGCUAACGGCUUUGUGAUAGCGCUUUACAUGGGUUCAAGAUCUUUCGCCACCAGGAAUGUAGAAAUGGUGAAUGGUCUAGGACACUUGUGCUUGAUAAGUCUCUCAAUCAUUAAGUCUCUUUCUUGACUAGAAUAUUCUGGGCAUUUCCAUAUGACGUGGUUGAUGUCCUGGACCUCAGCUCCACAUCCGCACUCCACACACAUCGUGACAAUGAGGGAAUUUCUAAUCCUCUGGAUCAUUGCGCUCUCGGCAUCGUGGGGUCAGGUGAUCAAUCGAGCGCCUCACUUUAUCCAUAAUGGAGACAUGGCGAGGCUAGCUGUGUCAGAAGGCACAUUACCAGGUGCUGCUGUCUAUAAACUCCAGGGUGAAGACCCGGAAGGCUCGAAAUUACACUAUUCCAUCAGCGGUGAGUACUUCACGGUUAACCGAGAAACAGGUGUUGUUACUCUUAGGAAAGCACUAGACCGUGAAGUGCAGGACCUCAUCGAAGUCAUCAUCAGUAUAACUGAUGAGGGCAUUGCGGGCUCUGAACCAAAUACCGUGUCCUUGAGGAGAGAAAUCGCGGUACUUGACGAAAAUGACAAUCCACCCGUAUAUCAUGGUCGCCCUUACGCAACACGAAUACUCGAGAGUGCAAAAAUUGGUAGUCUCUUGUUGCCAGAGGGAACUGUUACGGUUACUGAUCGUGAUGGUGGAGUUAAUGCUGACGUUGAGGUCAAAUGUGUACCAGCGUCAGCUGAAGAUGACACGUGUUUUGUGUUUUCUGUUACGACUGAUAAGAUCUCAGAAGGUAAAUACGACGUGAGGAUAACAGUGGUUCAACCGCUGAACUACGAACGUCGAAAUUCCUACCUAAUUACGUUGCUGGCAACUGAUGGGGCUGGCGAUCUAUCAAAAAGACUGCAGGCCAAAGCCACAGUGGCUGUUGAUGUCCUGGACGUGCAGGACCAGCCUCCAAUAUUUCUGAAUGCUCCUUACAGCGCAGCUAUCCCUGAGAACACGUCCCCAGGGCAUCCAGUGUUGACCAUCAGAGCUAGGGACGGUGACACUGGUGAGUCAAGGUCUGUCCUACUGACCCUCGAGGGCGACGACUUGAAUCAUUUCGAUCUGAGGGUCUCCAGGGAGGGGGAUAUCACGGUGGGGACCCUCGUGACGACAGACGUCGCUCUAGAUCGUGAAGAGACUAGGAUUCUACACGACGGCGGGAUUUACACCUUCAGGGUUAGAGCAACGGAGCUCAUCAAUGAUGAGAUUCCAGCUGACUCUUCCACUUCCGUCAUCACUAUUGUCGUUACCGAUGUUGACGAUCUAUCCCCAAUGUUCAAUGAGGAGUAUUUCAGGGUCAAGGUCUUCGAGGACAUCGGGGUUGACACCCCUUUACCUGGAUUGAACAUGGUAGUGAGUGAUAAUGAUGUCGGUGAUAACGCCAAGUUCGUUCUGGCCCUGAGGGACGCCCCAGGGUAUCCAGGCGUUAGCCGAGCCUUCUCAGUGGCUCCGGAGAAUGCGCAGGGUCGAGUGCCGGUUGUCAUCAAAGCUCUUGAUCCCAAAAUACUGGAUUACGACGUUGAAGAUCCAUCGAAACGAGAGAUGGAGUUUGAUGUCACUGCCUCAGUAGACGGACGUGUUGCUGCAUUCUCCAGGGUUCACAUCAAACUUCUGGAUGCCAACGAUCACAGCCCAGAGUUUUCUGAAUCUGUAUACAAGCUCUCUGUGAGAGAAGACGCCAAACCUGGUGCCAAAUUCGGGGACGUCAUUGCGAGGGACGAGGACAGUGGUACCUUCGGGGAGUUGAGUUAUACUUUACGCGGAUUUGGAGCUGAUAAAUUCAGGACGGAUUCGAAAAACGGGGGGAUCUGGGUGGCCAAAGGUCUCGACUACGAGAUUCAGAAGUCUUACUCGUUGACUAUGGAAGCGAGAGAUGGAGGGGGCAGAGUGUCGACGGUUAACGUCAUCAUCGAGGUGGCUGACGUCAACGAUAACUCCCCUGUUUUCGAGCAGAAGGAAUACUCCAGGACGGUUCGGGAAAGUGCCACCAGUUUCGAUCCUCAGCUGUUCAUCAGGGCAACUGACGUCGAUGGCCCGGCCCAUGGGAACGGAAAGGUCAGCUAUUCUAUCAGCAGACAUAACGGUAUGACAGAGGAUGUAUUUCACAUCAAUGCGGACACAGGGGAGGUCACCAUGAACUUUCCAGCGAAGUCUGGCGAUACAGAGAGGGGUCUCUACGAAUUGACGAUUCGAGCUACUGAUCAUGGCUAUCCGCCCUUGUACUCCGAGACUAAAUUGUUGAUUAGGGUCGGAGUCCCGGGGAAUCAGAGGCCCAUCUUCAGAGGAAAUUACAAAGGAGCACCUGGACCAAACAGUUAUCGAGCCAGACUUUUGGAAAACGCGAGUCCUGGAACUGAAGUCAUCAAAGUUGUGGCCAACGAUCCCGAUGGGAGGGACAGCCUUCUCCAGUACUACAUCGCCUCCGGUGCUAAAGACAAUUUCGUCAUUGACUCUAGCUCUGGGAUAAUAACGGUGUCCCCCGAUGCCAGACUUGAUCUGGAGACAGGUGGUGAUAAAUACGAUGUUAUCAUCUACGCUGUGGACUCUGGGACACCGGUCAGAGAGACAGCAACAACAACUGUUACUGUUAAUGUCUUGGACGUUAACAACAAGCCGCCCAAAUUCCGGAAUUCUACGUAUUUGCUUUACGUCUCGGAACGGGCUUCGAUUGGAGAUUCUGUGCUCAGAGUAACUGCACUCGAUCCUGACUCGGACGCCAACAUUGAGUAUUCCAUAGUGGAGCCUAUCAAAGCUGUUGAUAAAACGGGGGUCGCGUUGAAGAGCACAACCCCUUACGAUUACAAGACUGCGUUCAGGAUUAAUCCGACUACUGGAGCUAUUUCCGUGAAUAGGGUAUUAGAUUAUCAAGUGGCUGCUGUCAUUAUUCUGACCGUUCAAGCCAGAGACAUCAAUGCCGUUGUUGAUAAGGAGCUCCAAGUGGACACAGUCGAGAUGACGAUCUACAUUCAAGCCUUCAGCAACAACAACCCCAUUUUCCUGAACUCUGGGUGGUCCCUCAAUAAUCCAGUGAUUCGGGUGAAUGUGCCGGAAGAGCAGCCCCUUGGGACCACUCUCCUGAUGCUCUCCGCCAGGGAGUCCACUGGCCACGCUGUUCAGAGGUUCGAACUUGUGAGGGAGGAAGAUGAUGAAGGAUACGUGAAUGUUGGGGUUCAGAGUGGUAACGUCGUGUUGAGCAAAAGAUUGGACUACGAGUCGUUGGGUCAGAAGUUCAUAAAGUUCAAAGUCCGAGCGCUAGCUAGGGAUUACGACAUAACUAGGACGAUGACAGAAGCGAAUGUCAUCGUCGAGAUUCAAGACGUUAACGAUAACAGCCCAGAGUUCACCAAGAAGGAUUACAAGAUAUCGGUGUUGGAGGACUCGAAGCCUUCUAGGAUCGUUCUCAAUGUCAAGGCGGUGGACAUGGACAGCUCCAACACCGAGCAAGAGGUGAAAAGGGGGUAUGGGGAGGUCAGAUAUACCCUGACCGGUGAGAACGCCAACCUCUUCGAGAUUGACCCGAUCAGCGGAAACAUUCGUAUCGCCAACGACACAACACUGGACCGAGAAAGACAAUCUGUUCUCAGGUUCUACGUGGUGGCUUCUGACAUGCCCGGUGGUGGAGCCGAGCAGAAGACUACCCGAGCUCUAGUCACUGUAGACGUUCUGGACGUCAACGACAACGCCCCCAGCUUUCCGCAGGAGUCUUACACAGCGGUCAUUCCUGAAAAUGCGCCUGUAGGUGUCAGUGUUGUGAACAUCACAGCGAGCGAUCCCGACGAGGGGAAAGGGGGGGAAAUCUACUUCGAGAUGAUCGACGAGGGAGAGGCCAGUGGGCUCUUCACGAUAGAUCAUCGAACUGGGGAGAUUUCGUCGGCGAAGAGAUUGACGGGAAAGGGAAGGACUGAUCCUUACAAUAUGAGAGUGAGGGCUCAGGACAAUGGACGACCUGUUCUCCACUCUGACGUGUCACUGGUCCUCUACAUUGGGGACGUCGUCAGCAAUGAUGGAGUUCCUCUGUUUAUCCGCCCGACUCUUGAGGAGAUCGCUUACAUAUCGGAGAACUCUACGGUGGGGAGUCCGGUGUUUCAGGUGGUCGCUUCUGAUCCUGACGACCCGAAUCUUCCGGAUGGGAAGAUAACGUUCAAAUUCCUGGAGGAUGGGAACUUUGAGAACGAUGCUAGCUCCUUCAGAAUUAACGGGGAGAGCGGGCUGAUCACGACGAGGAAGCUUUUGGAUCGUGAGACGAAGGACAGUUACACUUUGAUUCUAGUCGCUCAGGAUCUUGGUAGUCCCCCUCAGCAGGCGUCCAGGGUCCUCCAGGUGAUCGUCAGCGACAUCGACGAUCAUAAGCCCCAUUUCAAGAGGAGUUUAGAUAGCCCUCCGAUCGAAUUCAAUGUCCCUGAGGAGGUUCCAGCUGGCACAAAGGUCGGCGUCCUCGAGGCUGUGGACGAAGACAUUGGUGACAACGGAAUGAUGGAUUACGUCAUCAUCUACGGAAAUGAAGCUGGACUUUUCACGAUUGAAAGGCUGGAAAAUAACUCCGCGGUGAUCAAAUCGGCUGGUCGACUCGAUCGCGAGACAGCGGAUCGUCAUCUGCUGACGGUCAAGUGUUAUAAGUAUCCUGUGAAGCAGUCAGACAUCAUACCCAAGAGGUACAACCGCCAGGACCCGUCAGAGCGACAGUUUCUGGUGAAGAUCAUCGAUGUUGACGACAACAAGCCUAAAUUCAGGAAGGACAACAUCACCAUUGGAGUGAGGUUGAAUGUGCCCAUUGACACAAGCUUGAUAACUCUAGAGGCUUAUGACGAAGAUGUUGACGCACUUCCCAUCAACUACAUCAUGGGAAAAGUGUCAUUCACGUCGCUGGCGGAACCCUCGAUGUCGAAGAAGGGAAUUCCAUCGUAUUUAUCUCUGAAUCAUCAGAGUGGAGAGUUGAGGACGACCGGGUCGAUGGCCAGUUUUGCUGACGGCUUCAUGGAGGUCCCCAUAACAGCGAACAAUUCUCAAGUGCCUGGACGAGAGACUAACAUCACUCUGCGGAUAUUCUUGCUGAGAGACAGGGACAUGUUGAAGUUUGUCUUCUCGAAGCCUCCGGUUGAAGUCAGAAAGACUCUGGAAGAAUUCGAAAAGGCUGUGCAGCAGGCACUCUCUCUGCCCAUUACAGUCAACGUUUACGACACUCAGUUCUACUCGAAGGACGAUAAUUCACUCGAUUUUUCGUCAACAAGCUCUUGCUUCCAGAUGGUGGGGCGCGAGGCUUAUGAUCUCGAGGAGAUGAAGUCUCUGUUGAGGGACUCGAGGAACGAUGAGUUGAAGAAGGUUUAUGAAAAAUUUCAUGUCGAGAAAGUGCAACAUUGCGCUGCUCUCGUGGCACGAGCCGAUGCCUCGAUGACUCAGAUGUGGGUGCUUGCCAUAGCAGCAUUAGUCGGCGUUGCGGCUAUUGUCUCUAGCUGCACGUUAUGCUGCAUGCACUCAAAAUAUAAACGCCAUGUGAAACACGCACGCUUGAGGGAACAAGCGAGACCACCACUGAGCUAUGUUUCCUCGGGGCCUGGAAUGGUUAAUGCUCAAUCGCACACGACAUUGGGGACUCUGGGGCCUGGAACGAUUGUUGCUCUGGGGCCUCACGAAGGCCCUUACGAGUGGGGAGCUGAUACCACUCUCUAUCAUCCCAGCACUCUGUCCAGAGCGUGAAACAAGUUUUUAUUUCAGGGGAACAAUGGAAAAGACUUUGGUGCUUGAGGAUAAUGACGAGUGAUUUGGACAUUGAAAUGCGAACACUCGAAGGUCCAAUAAUUUUGUACAUUUGGAUGAGCUCGAGGUGUUAGCCUUCUGUAAUAUAAUUCUCAGUUAGUGCUUCCAGUUAAGAGAUGUACAUUUUAAAGUAUUUAUAUAAAAGUUGAAUACAAAAAUUGAGCUGAUGUUUAUGGAUAUUUGGAUAUGGAAGAAUUUCGAAUGUUCGGGAUAUUUGUCAGUCUUAUUUUCUAUUUGUAGAUGCCUCGUGAAAAUGUCAAGGUAACAACGGACAGUUCAACCUACUUUUUUGUGAUGAAUCGACUUAAUUUUAUGGUGCGAAAACAUCAUGAGAAAAGUCGUAAAAUCUGUGA